AGAGGCAGUCUCAUCACCAGAGCGAGAGCACACACCAGUCCUCAGUCCACGCACGGCACAGCGACGCACGGCACAACGACGCACGGCUCCGGCUCACGUCUUCACUCGGGCGCAGGGGCGAGCGCUUUGGUGAGCCUGGAAUAAGGGACUCAGACACGUUCCAGCUCGUUCAGUCCCUUCUACACACUCAUGGAUGUACUGUUUACGCGCUCUGGACACGCGGAAGACACUGGCUCGCUUGGAUAUUGUUGAUUACGCUGCUCGGGUCGGGGACGACAGAGUGAAGCGGAGGUGGGAUUGUGCCAGUUCAGCGUGGGACUUUUGGGUUUCUUUAAAUUGAGAAACAACAGAAGCUCACCACUAAUUGUCUGAGCCACUAGCCCUGCUGCUGGUGGAUCCACGGAGGACACGGAGUAAAUGAGUAUAGCUUUAAUGAAGAGGCAGACCUGCUAACGCUGCAGAAGGGACCCUCUUCAAUAAGUAUGGGGUCACCAUGGAAACCAUUUCUGUUCUUCUCGAUCGUCAGUGGCCUUACAGACUUUACAGAAUCCGUUGCUGCACGGCCCAUGACAUACGCAGCUGCAGUUUUACGAAUGAAGUCGGACAGCUCUUCAUCGCUGCUCAGCUCCCGUGGCAGACCUCAGCACAGUGGACCGUCCUCUCCUGACUGGUCCCUGUUCUCCAGUUAUGCCCUGUCAUCCCAAAACCUGCUCAACUCUCAAGAGGACUACCGGAGUGAAGAGAGUGAAGAAUUUGGACCUGUUUUUAUCCAGGAGCCAGACGAUGUUAUUUUUUCAUUGGAUUCCGAUGAAAAGAAGGUUAUGUUACGCUGUGAAGCCAGAGGAAACCCUCCACCCACAUACAGCUGGUUUGUCAAUGGCUCAGAAGUGCAUGCAGAAGCAGACUACCGCUACAGUUUUAUCGAGGGGAACUUCAUUAUAACCAAUGCGAGUGAAACCACAGACUAUGGGAGGUACCAGUGCAAAGCCCAGAACAGCUUUGGGACUGUUCUAAGCAGAGACGCUCUCCUUCAAUUUGCAUUUCUCAAGCCGUUCAGUACAAAGGCGAGAGGAGGCGUGUCUGUGCGGGAAGGUCAAGGUGUGGUCCUCAUGUGCACCCCGCCCCCUCACUCACCAGAGAUCAUCUACAGCUGGGUUUUUAAUGAGUUUCCUUCGUUUGUGGCGGAGGACAGUCGACGCUUCAUUUCCCAGGACACAGGGAAUCUGUACAUCUCCAAGGUCCAACCCUCCGACGUGGGCAGCUACAUCUGUUUGGUCAAAAACCCAGUGACCAAUGCAAGAGUCUUAAGCCCACCGACUCCUCUGACGCUCAAGACGGAUGGUGUCAUGGGUGAAUACGAGCCCAAAAUUGAAGUGCAUUUUCCCACAUCUGUCCUCGCUGCAAAAGGAGUCACUGUGAGGCUGGAGUGCUUUGCUCUGGGAAACCCAGUACCAACGAUUACAUGGCGAAAGAUAAAUGGUAACAUCCCCAAAAAGGCCAGGCUGAGGAAGUCUCAGGCCGUCCUGGAGAUCCCCAACAUCCAGCUGGACGACUCAGGGACUUACGAAUGCAAAGCUGAAAAUCCACGAGGAGGGACUGCGUUCAAAGGUCAUCUGCAGGUCUACACCCUCCCUCAAUGGGUCAGAAUGAUUAAUGAUACUCAGAUGGAUAGUGGAGAGAAACUCCAGUGGGAGUGCAAGGCCACAGGGAGGCCCCGGCCCACCUAUCGCUGGCUUCUUAAUGGGCUGCCCUUGACAUCGCAGGCUCGUAUAGAAAUCGUGAAUGGUGAGCUAACCAUUCACAGAGUGCAGCAGACAGACUCAGGAAUGUACCAGUGCAUCGCUGAAAAUAAAUACGGAGCCGUCUAUUCCAGCACUGAGCUCAAGAUUUUAGCGUCUCCCCCAGUCUUCGUACCUAACCCUAUGCACAUUAUUGCGACCCUGGGAAAAGACGUGCUCCUUGAAUGCAAACCAAAAGCCUCUCCCAAACCUCGGAUUAUAUGGAAGAGGGGAGACAGACGAAUCGUGCCGAAUAAAAGGAUUAUGUUGUUGCGGAACAACACUCUAAGGAUUGUUAACUCCAGUCGAGCGGACGAGGGCAACUACGUGUGCCGGGCAGAGAACCAGUUGGGCUCUGCGGAGAUGACGGCCAUGUUGUGGGUAAAAGAGGCCAUGCGUGUGGAGCUGAACCCCAGCAGAGUGGAGGUAACUGUGGGGGAGAGUGUGGUGCUCAGCUGUAAGGCCACACAUGACACCUCUCUGGAUGUGGCUUUCCAGUGGUUCUUCAACCAACGACCCAUCAACUUUCACCAGGAAGGCGGCCAUUUUGAGUACAUCCAGACAGUCAGAGCACAGCAGACCUCCACUGUGGAUCUGAUGAUUAGGAGCAUUCUGCUGAAGCAUGCUGGGAAAUAUGGGUGCCGGGCCCAGACUAGUGCUGAUACUGUGUUUGCUGAGGCUGAACUUCUUGUACGAGGUCCGCCCGGUCCCCCUGGUGUGGUCAUAGUGGAGGAGAUCACAGACACAACAGCCACACUUUCUUGGACGUGCGGUCUGGACAACCACAGCCCCAUCAGCACCUACAAUAUACAGGCGCGCAGCCCCUUUUCAUUAGGCUGGCAAACCGUCAAAACAGAGCCGGAGCCUGUCACUGGGGACCUGGAGUCAGCCGUGGCCGUGCAGCUUAACCCUUGGGUGGAGUACGAGUUCAGGGUAGUUGCCAGCAACGCCAUCGGGACUGGAGACCCCAGUGCACCUUCCAGAGCUGUGCGGACUAAGGAAGCAGUCCCAUCAGUGGCACCGGCCAACGUGAGCGGAGGGAACGGCCGCCGGCACGAGCUCGUCAUCUCCUGGGAGCCGGUCUCCGAGGAGUUCCAGAACGGAGAGGGCUUUGGUUACAUCGUGGCGUUUCGGGCCAAUGGGAGCAGAGGAUGGAAAGAGAAGAUGGUGACUUCCGCAGAUUCCACCACGUAUAAAUACAGAGAUGAGACCUUCCCUCCACUAACGCCCUUUGAAGUAAAAGUUGGAGUCUACAACAACAAAGGAGAUGGACCUUUCAGCAAAGUUGUGGUUAUUCACUCUGCUGAGGGAGAACCGAGAGAGGCUCCGUCUGACAUUAAAGCACACAGUAUUUCCUCAUCUGAAAUGAAGGUCACUUGGAAACCACCAAACCCUGGACCUGGACGACCCCGAGGAUAUGAGGUGAGCUACUGGAAAGACGCGGAACAGGAAGAAUCCGGACAAAAACAGCGCACUGUGAAAAAUGAAACGUCGAUGGUGUUGUCAGGACUAGAGAGCAACAGCCUGUACCACAUCACUGUUAAAGGCUUCAACAGCAUCGGCCAGGGACCUGCCAGCGCCGCUGUCACUGCUCGGACGAGGAAAGCCCCUCCAGCGCAGCCUCCCAGUAAUCUCCUGUGGAUUCAAGAGGGCAACAACGUGUCUCUGAGCUGGACUCCCGUGAAGGCCAAAGACAACGAAUCUGACGUCAUCGGGUACAUGGUGAUGCUGAGACAGGAGGGCAGACCACAUAACCAGAUCACCAGGACCAUCAACCCCUCCACCAUGUUGUCUCUGCCCGAGGGAGGCACUUACAUCAUCGAGGUGCGCGCUCUGAGCGAGGGGGGAGAGGGCUCGCUCAGCUCCCAGGUCAGACUGGUCACUUCCUCUGGUGUUCGAGCCAAAAACCAUCAGUGCUCAGUGCAUUUCCUCCCCCUGAAUUUAACAUGGACUGCUCUCGUGCUGGUUGUUCUGGUGCCUUCAGUGUCAUGGUGAGGCCGCAGUGCCACCCCAUGCCCUCGGAGGGAGCUGCUCGUCUUCCGCUCCCUCGUCGCUCUGACCGCGAACUUUGGCCUUAACCAUCCC